AAACCUAUCGAGGAAAGAAUUUUUUUUUCCUUACAGUCAAUUAUUAUUUACUACCAAAUUUGAAAAACUUCUUCAGGUUUAAAAGGGAAGGGUAAGGUUUUUAUUUUUGCUUUGCGUACGCGAAAAAGUCACUUGUGAUUGUAUUACAAGUGGAAAAAAUUAUUUAAUAAACCUUCCUUCCCAUACCCUUCUUUUACCCGAUUUAGUUUUUUAUAAUUAAUUAAAGAAAAAUUUUUUGUUACUUUUUUUUUUAAAAAAAAAGAGAUAACAUUGAUUGUACUGCAGUUCGUUUUUGUAAUGACUUCAAUAGAAGAAAACUCUAUACUUAGCGCAAGUGAGAGAGCAGCAAACGAAUUUUACAGCUGGGUUCGUCAAAACAUCAUUGCGUUUCUUCUAUUUGUCUCCCUGUAUUCGAUAUCUUAUAGUUUAUUACAACGAUUUCGAAGGAAAAACAGAAUUACAGACAUAGAAGAAGAAGAGGAUGAUCCGUAUGGCAUAGAUAGUUUAAUAAUUAUCAUAUUGUGUGCGGGAGGAUUGGCAAUGGCAUUAGCUGGAUUUUUGUUAUGGCCAUUUACUAUGAUAGCAACAGCUUUGUUACAUAACGAAAUAUUUUCAGGAAAUUAUUAUUUGACUUGGUUGGAUGUUGAAUUAUUGGUGACUUUAUGGAAUUACGCUUUUAUAGGCUGUAAUAUUUCUUUAUUUGCCUUAUUACCUUUUGCUUUUUUUUAUAGUGAAACCGAUCAACUUCGAACCUUUUUUGCCAAGGCAAGGGAAACCUUAAUAAUUAUGGGUUUGGUUGGAAUGUUGAUGUAUGGUUUUAUUUAUACUUUGAAAAUGCUUUUUGGAAUAUCAAAUGUAGAUGAAUUAGAGAUGUUGAAUUUAUUUACAUGUAUAGGAGGUGCAUUGAUAUGUUUAAAAGCAACCCCAAGAGGUUAUAUUGAAAUAUUUUCAUGUAUUAGCAAGCUUCCUUUGCGACCAAAUUAUCGAAGAUCUUUAAAGGAAAAGUUGAAACGAAAUAAGAUGGAUAUUACCGUAUGGCAACAAAGAUUGGAAAAUUUAGAGCGUGGGUUGAGAUCAAUAUAUAGUGUUAAUAAUACAUCACGUUCCGCUAUAUUAGUUCCUUCGACAGAAUCGCAAUAUUCUUAUUCAUCUGAAAAGUUGUAUGCAUCUGGAAUUGCUAAUAAUAUCAUAACCAAUAGAUCAGGGCACCUUUCAAAUUCAAGAAAUGAAAUCAUUGCAAAGAUUAAUAAGCUCGAAGAAGAAGAGAAGCGAUUACAAAAAGAUCUCUCGCAUUCUCCACUUUAUCGAAAUAUGUUAUUUUUAGUUCUUUUCAUAGUUAGUCACUUUAUUUGGUUGCUAAUACUUGGACAUAUCUUGUACGCUUUGAUGAAGAGUCUAUUGGUAGAUGAUGGAAAGGAAUUAAAAAAUUUGGAGGCGCUUAUCGGCAAACAAACGGUAUCAUUAUUUGGAUUUGGUACAUUAAAUGAAAUUACACUGAUUUUUUGUUUUACCUCAGCAACAAUUAUUGGAGUUUAUUCAAUAUCCCCAUUUAAACGAAUUAGACCUCGUUUAGGAAAAAUGACGGUUCAACAAAUUAUAGCAAAUGUUACGGUUUUAUUGGUGAUAAGCAGUUCGUGGCCUGUUUUAGUUAGAGUCUUGGGGUUAACAAGAUUAAGUUCAGCUGGACCUUAUGAGAAUUUUAGUACAAUGACUAAUAUAGGACAAUAUCUCGCUAUGGCUUUUAGAGUUAGCGCUUUGAUUACAACAGUAUUCUCAACAUUAGAAUACUAUGUAUUGAGAAUGAUCAGAAAUCCUUCUCAUACUCCUAUCGUAAAUGGAACUUCACGUCAACCAUAUAAUCAUGCAAGAUUUUAUCAACCACCACGAGACAGAAAUACAGAUGAAUUAAAUUUGAAUAGAUACUUUUUUCAUCAUUCACCGCCAGAUCAUCAUGGAAUGAGACGAUAGUACAUAAAAUGCAUGGUAUUUCAAUAUGGUUGCGGGUCAAUUAGAAUAUAUAAAUGUUAUAGGGUGGGAUAAAACAAUUCAUAAUAUACAUAUAUCAAUCAUCAUUAAUGAAUCAAUCACAAAAACAAACCAUAUAUAUAUAUAUAUAGGGAUGGGGGUUAAUUAACCACGGUUAAUUAACCAUGGUUAAUUAA